GAGGAGCUCGGGGUUGUUUUUCGGCGCCUCCAGUGACGCAGCGCCAGCCCUACUCGGGAAAGGACCCCGCUCGUCUAUUGCGCUGCCUGCCAAAACAACCACCACCAGCAGCCCGGCUUGGCCUCGGGGUCUGUUUGCGGGGGCUCCGUGGGCCGGAGCGGCGGGAAAAAGAGCCAUGGAUCAGUGCGUGACGGUGGAGCGCGAGCUGGAGAAGGUGCUGCAGAAGUUCUCGGGCUACGGGCAGCUCUGCGAGCGGAGCCUGGAGGAGCUGAUCCAGUACGUGGCCGGACUGCGCCGCGAGAUCCUCCAGAGCGAGAAUCAAGAUGGCGAUCUAUCAGGAACCAUAUCGCUUGUUAUGACUCAGUGUUGCAAGCGAAUAAAGGACACUGUUCAGAAAUUGGCCUCAGAUCACAAGGAUAUCCACAGUAGUGUUUCUCGUGUUGGGAAAGCUAUUGACAAGAAUUUUGACUCUGACAUCAGCAGUGUGGGAAUAGAUGGAUGUUGGCAGGCUGAUAGCCAGCGAAUUUUGAAUGAGGUGAUGGUAGAACACUUUUUUCGGCAAGGAAUGCUAGAUGUAGCUGAAGAGCUUUGUCAGGAGUCUGGGCUUUCAAUAGACCAAAGUCAAAAGCAACCAUUUGUGGAGCUGAACCGAAUACUGGAAGCACUUAAAGUUAAAGUUUUGAGACCUGCAUUAGAGUGGGCUGUAUCGAACAGAGAAAUGCUUAUGGCACAGAAUAGCUCAUUAGAGUUUAAACUACACCGAUUAUAUUUUAUUAGUUUAUUAAUGGGUGGAACUUCAAACCAGAGAGAAGCUUUGCAGUAUGCUAAAAAUUUUCAACCUUUCGCUCUUAACCAUCAAAAAGAUAUUCAAGUUUUAAUGGGAAGCCUAGUCUACCUUAGGCAAGGAAUAGAAAAUUCCCCAUAUGUUCAUUUAUUGGAUGCAAACCAAUGGGCAGACAUCUGCGACAUCUUUACACGGGAUGCUUGUGCUCUCCUGGGACUCUCAGUCGAAUCACCUCUUAGUGUUAGCUUUUCAGCAGGUUGUGUAGCAUUGCCAGCUCUAAUUAAUAUAAAAGCUGUUAUUGAACAGAGACAGUGCACUGGUGUUUGGAAUCAGAAAGAUGAAUUACCGAUUGAAGUGGACCUUGGGAAAAAGUGCUGGUAUCAUUCAAUAUUUGCCUGUCCCAUCCUUCGUCAGCAAACAACAGAUAAUAACCCACCUAUGAAGUUGGUUUGUGGUCAUAUUAUAUCAAGAGAUGCUCUAAAUAAAAUGUUUAAUGGCAGCAAGUUAAAAUGUCCUUAUUGUCCUAUGGAACAGAGCCCUGGAGAUGCCAAACAGAUAUUCUUCUGAGGACACAAUUCACUCUAGUUUAUGCGUGUGUUUUGGGAGACUAAAACAAGCAAAUGCUCCAUUUUAUGCUGUACAGACCAAGGAGGACUUCUGUGUUUUGUAUAAGCCUAAUGCUCCAGAAAAUUUUGCCAACAUUUAGUGCAGACAUACCGAUUGGAAAAGCUGCUGAAGUAAUAUCUGUUCUAGGGCUUUCACUCAACCCUUGGUCUCCAUAACCGAUCAAGGUACAACACCAGCAAUUGUCAUUCAAUGCAGGGUUUUGUACUUAAUUGUGUGGUGACUUCAUUUUUUAAAGACAGACAGAAGCCAGUCAGCAUAUAGGUCUGAUGUUUGUCCUGCUUUUAUCACCCUGAUUGAUAAAUGUCACCAUGAAGAAUGUGUGAGGAGAGUUUUUAUUUCCUUAGCAUGUAAAUAAUUAAGAGAGGAUUUCAGGAAAAUGCGUUUGAUAAAUUUAAUAGUGGUUAUAGACAUAUUUGUAUUUCCGUUGCUAUUGUUUUUCCCAAUCCAAAGCUGUGAUAUUUUGAGGGUUUUUUCUGCUGAACAUUUUCCCCAGCUUUUAAACAGAAUUCCAGUUGAAUGUGCUUAUAUAUAAACUACAUAAAUAUAUAACAAAAGUUCAAAACCAUUGCUAAUUUAGAAAGACAGCAAUUGAAUGAGGACUCCUAGAACCCGGAAUCCCAUUCAUUUUAUUUCAUGAUUGAGAGCUCUUUGUGUAGCUGAGAGUAUUCAAUAAAGUAGAGCUCGGUUUUGGAAAGAAAAAAUUGUCAAUGCAUAAUUGCUCUCCAGCUUUUUUAGUCAUAAUCAAAACUUUGUACUUAAGAUCAGUGUCAUGUACAGUUUGCUAGACAUGAUAGUUGCAUUAUUUAUAAAGGUAUCAGAACCAAAUAAAAUGUUGAUAAUGUCAAUUAUUAAAACGGGGGGAAUAUACGCUUCAGUUAUCUCAAUGAUUCAGUGGCCUCUUCAUUGCAAGACUGAACUGCCAUCAUUUUAGUAGCUAAUAUGUAUUUUGCAAUUCAGAACAUUAUGCUUGUGAUUUGUCCUUAGUGCCUCAGAAGUUUAUAUCAGCUCUUAAAAUUUGCUAAACUUGGUGACAAAGUACAUGUCUAGACUAGGGAUUUAAACUGGUGUUGAGUGUCAUUCUCUUCCCAGUUAAUCUAAAAAUCACAGCCUACAACAGGAGGCAUUUGGAUCACCUCCAUAUUCUUGCCAACUUAGUGUCUAGAAUUUUCUGGUGAAAGCUGUGAUAGACAAACUGAUUUGUGUAUUUACUACAGAUAAUAUCCAAAGGGAGUAUAUGCUUCUAGGUUUGAGGCACAUUAAAUGCAGAUUGGCUGUGCUGUUUUGCAAUAGGGCAAAAGAACAACAAGGUAUGUUACAAUGUAUGAAAUAACCAAUUUGAUAUGGUUAAAAAUGGGUGUAUACUAAAAUAUGAGUUAAAUACAUUUUAUACAGAAAAAUAGUGAUAAAAGGUUUCUGUGCUGUUAGCUCUUGGGUUCAAGUAAAUGGUCAGAACCAUUAAUAAUAUACUGAUGCAUACCGUUCAAACAGAAAAGCAGAUGCUUUAAAUCAGAGAACACUUGUGCUAUCAUUUUAUAAAGAGAGAUAUCACUGCCACAUGUUAAAAUGAGUUCCAUAGGAGUAAUGAUAAAUGACUGAAAAUACAGUACUUUCAAAGUUUUGGUGAAGAUGGAUUUUAACAAGAAAGGGAAUUGUGUAUCUUUGCACUUGAGUGAACCAAAUGUGUAUUUGUGUUAAAAUGGUGUAAGGAAACUUUCACAAAACUGGAAGUGUAACUUGCAGUUCUGCCCAUGAGCAUCCCAAUGCAAUAAUAUCUACAGAUGUUGCAUGAGUGUGGCCCAUUAAUAUCACUAGGACUUGGGUGAACCUAAACAUUUGGUCUGACAGCCAAUGAGUUCUUUAUCGUCCUUUUAGCCCAAAAGAUCAUGCUAAUUUCCCUUCAUUUACUUAAGAAUACAAAGACUGAGACUUCAUAUCAAAAUAUAAGGACUGACAUGAUAUUGAGAGUACUUGAAACUGACAUAGUUUGCUCUGCCUCAUGCUUGUGAUGAACAUACUUAUUGUUAGCUAUCCAAUUCUAGGGGGGCUGUUGGUGGAUGACUGCACUAUUUAAAAAUCCAUAUGAUGGUAUAGCAUGAAGGAUGUGAGUUGCUAUUCCAUGUAAUUGCGGGAAUGUACUUGUAUACUUUAAAGAGUUCCUAGGUAUUUAUGAAUUGUGUGUUUUUGGUAUCAUAUUGAACACAUAAGGAAUUCUAUGUGCUUGGACUAGCCCCAGUUUUGGGUCUAUUGAUUCUCAAUGAGUAAAAGAAUUCCUGGGCCUUUUUGUUCUUUCAGGACUACCACGUGUCUUUCCUUUUACCUUUCUUGAAAAUGGGGCAGUAUAAUCAUACGUAAUAAUUAUAUAAAAAUACAGAUACCUCCUUUCACAAUGACAAGCCCACUUGGUUUGUGAUAGCUCUAAUUUUAGUGUACCAUAUGUUUAAAUUAUUUUACUGUUUCUAAUCUUAUAAGCCAUUUUAUGAAUCUACUUGAAAAUUAUACUUAUUGUUUCAGUUGCAGCUCCGGGUCUAGGCAUACAUUUAUUUAUUUAGGGAUUUGCUGCCAUAUUCCCAACAGCAAGAGUGAUUCACAAGAAUGCGAUCUAGCAUGGUGUAAUGGUUUAAGUGUUGAAUUGGUGUUCUGGGUGCCCAAAAUUUGAAUCUCUUUUCUACUAGGUGAUCUUGGGAAAGUCAACGCUCUCAGCCUCAGCAGUGGCAAAUCUCCUCUGAAGAAAUCUUGCCAAGAAAACCCUAUGCUAAGUUUGCCAUAAUUCAGAGUUUAAUGGAAGGGACAUUAUGACAAACAUUGUUAAGAAUUUGUAGUUCCUGUUCAGCAAACUUUUCCCCAUUGCUUUGAGAGUGAGGAAAUACCAUCAUUGCUUAAGGAAACAUUCAUUUGUGUUGAUGAGGAAAGAUGAAUUUAACAAUGUAGAAAUGGAUAAUCAUUAACAUUACAAGAAAUUUUUUACAUAUGAACAUGUUCUGUCGUGUAAUAUGUUCAUGUGAACCGUGGUGUGCUUUUAAUAGCCACUAUAAAGAAUUUUGUGUUCAGCAUGGAAACUAAGACUCCAUUUUGGCAGCUCUCUGCUUAUGAAAACGUGAUGAAUUCUUGAAUAUGAAAAUGAUAUAAUAGGUAGAGCUUCACUCGACCUGCAAUCUUUACAGUGAUGUAUUACGUUUUACUGGCACUGUAAUGAGUAAAAAUAUUUGGUAAAGUU